AUGACGGAUAAAUCCCCCAGCUCCCUUGGCGACGCCCACAAGAGGCUCUUUGACGAGGGCCUCAAGAUCCGAUACGAAGUCGCUGGCAAGGCCUACGUCGACCGGUCUUUAUCGUCAGCUUCCUCCUUCACCCAGCCCAUGCAGGACCUCGUCACUGAGGCAUGCUGGGGCUCGGUAUGGGCUAGACCCGGUCUCGAUCGCAAGCAAAGGUCUUUGCUGAAUAUCGGGAUGCUUUGCGCCCUUAACCGUGGUGCAGAGUUGGCAGUUCAUGUACGCGGUGGGGUUAACAACGGAUUGUCUGAGCUUGAGAUUCGCGAGGCAUUGCUCCAAGUGGCUAUAUAUGUUGGUAUGCCUGCUGGGCUGGAGGGAUUUCGCAUUGCAGAAAAGGUGAUACGGGAGAUCCAAGAGGAAAAGGCUAAAAGCACCCAGUGA